AAGUGAACCAAAGGACAGCUUGUGGUUUUGGUCCUUGUGGCCAGCCGAUAAAAUUUAAAAAGGUUUAUUAGGGUUUUAUUAUUUGGUUUCAGCCUCCCCUCACAAUCUCCCCGUUCCUCCUCUUCAGUCUCAGGUUCUCCGACGACGAGCGCCAUACUAAGAGUUGCAGUGGUUCAAUCUACGAUAGUCGUCUGUGAGAGAAUCACCGGCAGGUCCAAAGAUGUUAGAGAUUGCAAGUAGGUGACAGCGAGGUUUCAAAUGAAACCACAGCUGAUUGAUAAAAUUCAUCCCAUGGAAGCUAAAUUCUUUCGGUUUCUCAAGAUUGUUGGAGUGGGUUUCAAGGCUAGAGCAGAAUCCGAGGGUCGUCUCUUGUACCUCAAGCUCGGCUACAGUCAUGAGGUUGAACUGAGUGUGCCCCCUGCAGUUCGCGUGUUCUGUUUCAAACCCAAUGUGAUUUGCUGCACUGGGAUUGACAAGUAUAGGGUACAUCAGUUUGCUGCUUCUGUAAGGAGCUGUAAGCCCCCUGAAGUUUACAAAGGCAAAGGUAUAAUGUACAUUGAUGAAGUGAUAAAAAAGAAGCAGGGAAAGAAAUCAAAGUGAGAAACCUUGGUUCAUUGUUUGUUUCUUGGGUUUUCUUCUCUUUUCUAAUGCUAGAAAAUGUCUGUUGGAGAGCAUCCUUAUUGUAAUUUUGUCUCUGGCUGCAAUAAUCCUUUAAAAAAAUUAAGUAGUUGAAUAUC